CAACAAAUGGAGUAGCUAAGUAGCUAUAUAUUGUAGUUGUCAAAUAUCAAUACAAAGGGUUGCAUAUUUUGGUGGAUUAAUUUCAAUUCCAAUUGUUCCUAAGAGAGAAUGAGACAGAGAAUGGAAAGGCUUGUGAUUCUUCCUUUCUCAGCUGGUUGUAUCUCUGAGGCCAGUGUUGCUGUUGGUGUUCCACAGCCAAGAAGAUCAAAACAAGACACCAACUCACUACAUGAUGCAAUAAAAGGAUCGAAAGGCGUGGAGGAUUCAGAGAUUUUGUCUGGUGAAAGUAUGAAGAAUUCUUUGAGGCUCCUUGAUGUUGUUCCAAAGCCAUCCUUCAACAAGCUGUUCAAGGGUUUCAAGAACUUUUCUCAAUUGUUUGUGGAGAAAGAAGAGGAAUUAGAAGAAGUAGAAAUGGAGAUGGAAAUAGGGUGCCCAACAAACGUGCAACAUGUGACCCACAUUGGUUGGGAUGGUAUUACAACAUGUGCUACUCAUCAUGACCCAAUUAGGGGAUGGGAUACUCUCAUUGCUCCCAACCUCCUCUCUCAAUCUUUAUUACACCCAAAACAUCAAACUUCAUCUCCCAUUAUGCCUUCUACUGCUUAAUUCAAUAUUCAUCUAUGUGCCUUAUACAUAUAUAUAAGUGUUUUGAUUGUUGUGGAUAUAUACAAAUAUUAUAUUAUAACUUUA